ACUACCACAGUAUAUACACUACUAAUAAACCGUUUUAAUGCCAGAAUAAGCACCAGAAUUAUUUCUUAUAUUAAAACACAUUAUAAAUCCAUUAGUAUCUAACCUAGUCCCCCUAGUCUGAUUUAAAAUAUUUGUUCAUAGUUUUUGUGAUAUUCCGUCUAGUACAAAGUAUGAAGUAAGUGAUCCAUCGGGCUGCUCCCCAGCAUUAGUCAAUUGCUUAUAAUAUUAUAAAGGUUGUGAAGUUUGUCAUUUAGUGAAUAUAAGGUCCAGAAAAAUGGCUUUAGAAUAUCGAAAAAUCAACAAACGGGGUUACCAGCUUCAGUAUGGAAGCAUCCACUCUUGCAAAAAGUGUCCAUAUUUAACAAAGUCAAUUUUCUUCAUGCUCAACCACGUAAAAUGUCAUAAACAACAGAAAGACAAAUUCGAGUGUAAGCGAUUCCCAGAAAUAUUCUCUUGUAAACAGUGCGAUUUCACAACGAGUUUAACAACGCGUUUCAACCAACACUUCAAAAGAAUACACGGCAGGAAACAACAAAAAGAAAACUUCGUCUGCAAACUUUAUCAGUGCAAGAACUGUUCAUUCCAGACGUACUCCUUACUAAUUUGGUUGAAACAGCACGCUAGAGGAUGUCGAAAAGUAGACAAAAACCCGGCGGUUUUAAAGAAGAAAAGUACCCCAGAACGUACGAACCACUCUGAUUUUAGAUUAAAAGAAGACGCUGCCGCCAAAUCCUUGACUGAUCACCCGAAAAAUCACAACCCUGAUACAUCACGAAACAAAGUCAACGUGUCAGCUUCAAGGGCCACCCUGUCAAAAGUGCACAAAUGGUACAAAUGCAAUCAAUGCAUAUUUCGGACCAUGAAUCGCCAGAGUCUCGCCUUCCACCGUAAAAUAAGACACCCGAAACUCGACGACAUACCAACUUUCAAGUGUACGUCAUGCGCUUUCGUUACAUCCAACGCCAACCAUUUCCGCGUUCAUAAACUCAAGCAUACCUCAAGUUUCGAUUGCAAUAAAUGCUCGGCUAAAUUCACCAGCUUGAACCCCUUAAUCCGUCACAAAAUAAAAGAACACGUUGAUAACACAAUCAGAAGAAACAAGUGUGAUGUGAACGAAGAAGCUGAAGAACAAGAAGAAUUAUCGCUUCUGUUUUAAAACAUGAAAUUGCGGUUUUUGUUGGUUGAUUGGUCGAGUUGGCCGCGCCUUCAUUUAAAAAUUACAAGAUCGAAUAUUCAAGUGUGUUUAUUUUCAAAAUACACGUUUUUAUAAUUGCGUUACAUAGGUUUUUUUAGUGUGUUCUUUUUGCAAAUGCAGGCCCCCAGUUCGUCGCAGAAUCCGGUGGUCUUUGCAUGCAGGGUGCAAAGUCGGGCACAGUUUGAGUGGUCCACUAUAACUUUGUUCAUGUCGUAACCGAUGACGUCACAAGGUGAUCGUCGCACGGUGAUGAUUUCAGAAGUCGGUGUACUUUCGGUUUGUAGACACGAAAUGAGUAAAACUGUCAGAAUUGUUGAUAACUUCAUGAUUGUACGCACAAAUUUAAAGAACGUGUUGUUUUAUUUGGAGCUGUAUUUAGCACACGAGUCGUAAGAAUAUUUUGGGAACUGAUUCACAGUGUGAUAAUCUUGUUGACACCAAACUACCACACUAUUUUUAUAAAAACAAACAAUUUGAUAAUUUACUCAAAAGUGGGUUUGGUGAUGUAUGCAACCAACGUUACACUACAUACACGUGAAGAUUAAAUUUGUUAUAUGUAUAAAA